AUGAAUGCUCCAGCGCUUGGAUAUCCCGGCGUCUCGCUGGCAGAACCCCAGUCAUCUCCUACUGCGGCCAGCUUUGGCUCCAACAAUCCAUUCCGCAACCGUGCUCUCUCACCCUCAGUCCCUGCGGCAUCCAACACUCGCCCAGAGCGACCUCGAUCAACCAACCCCUUCCUUGACGACACAGAUGCGAUGUCGCCCCAAUCAGCCCCUGGAAUGUCGACUGGCGCUACGAUGUUUUCUCCGGUGGAGAAGACCGACAUAUCGAGCAACACCCGUGAGCUCUUCGAGAGCCUUUCGUUGAAACCCUCCCCUCAACCGCCUCGUGCUCGCCCACCUCCUCCCAACACCGCUCAUCGCGCCCCGUCAAAUCGCACCCGACCACAGCGCCCGCCGGGGCGAUCGGCAGAGGCCAAUGAGAAGGACCCGCUGGACAUCUUCGCAGACCCUCCUAGCUUGAACAAAGCCGCGACCAUGGGUCCCGGCGCCAAAUCCUCACGCAGACCGCGCCGGAACUCCGAGUCCUCAGUGAUGGACCGGGCCUCCACCGUUUUCAACGAUGAAGAUGACAAGCGCCGCCGUGAGAAACGCCACCGUGAACGGGAAAGUCGCAACAAGGAUGGCAAGUCUCGAUCCACUCGAAAGGACCGCCGACUGGAUAUCAUCGAUAAGUUGGAUGUGACAAGCAUCUAUGGUACGGGAAUGUUCCAUCACGAUGGUCCGUUCGAUGCUUGCAACCCCCAUCGUAACCGCCGAGGCUUGCGCACUGCCCCCAUGCAGGCCUUCCCCAAGGGUUCCAGUAACAUGGCCCUGGGCGGCUCCGGCCCGGUUAACUCCAACAUUGAUCUCAAUCUGUUCCACGGCAGAAUGGAAGAGGGACAUAAUGACUUUUCUACAGCAGCCCGCCGCAAUGCUGAUUCGGGUCCCACCUUUGAUCCCACCGCUCGUAUAGAGCCUGUUCAUGGAUCAGAGAGUAUGGGAUUAGGCACCAGUACUUUCCUCGAUGGUGCCCCAGCGAGUCGGUCCGCCAUGGCGCGCCGCCAGAGUGAGAAUGAGACUUCUAUUGGACAGAAUGGUGGUCUUGCACGGAAGAAGAGUUUGGCGCAACGAUUGCGUGGACGCGGCCCAGGUCGUAUCACAUCUCCCACCGAAAACAACUACCCGCCAGCCAUCGAAUCCAGCCACUCUGCGUCUUCCCGAGGGAAUGAGCGCAACCCAUACUUCCAGGAAUAUGAUGAUGAGUGGGAUAACAAGGGCGCCAGCAUUGAGUCUAGCCUCGAGGGCGGCCGCCUCCGAUCUUCCAGCAGUCCUAAGCAACACACUGGCUUGGAGCGCAAGGCCACCCACGAGCGCGCAUAUGAAGAAUCCAAACUCAACCCUGGUGGUGGUGGUUUCCUGAACCGCAUGAAGAGCUUGCGCAAACCCAAGCCUGAGCGACGCACCAGUGAUUGA